AUGGAGGCAAACAAAAAAUUCGUGGUAGACAAAGGUCAUUCUAGAGGUACCCAAAUCUCUUCAGAAGAAAUAGAUCAAGCUCUUAGAGAUAUCUUAGCAUGGCUCUCCACAAAUGUCCCUAACUUUUCACCGCCAGGCCCAUCAAACAGAAUUAAUCAACUACAAAACCCUCCAUUAGCUCUUUUAAAAAUGCUUCAAAGCCAUAACGGAGGAAUCCAGCUCCAAGAAACAUUUAUCACAAUAUCUGUUGAAGAAAUUCUUGAUGCUAUCGAGGUAGGUCGAGUAUCGAUAUAUACCCUCUUAUAUUGCUUUAAUAAUAAAUAAUAUAAUUUGCUUUAUAACACUCCUAACAGGUAUACUGGAAAAAUGGGUAUUUUCCAUUUGCCAGAAAUAUUGAUGGCGAAUUUUUAGUUGUUGAUGGAGAAGGAGGAGUUUUUCAUUGGAAUUUGGAUAUUGGGAUCGUAGAGCAGGUCGGAGAAAGUUUGGCACUGUUUUUAGAAACUCUUAGAAAUAAUAUGCUUUCAAGAAAAUAUCAGUAUUUAGAUGAAGACUGCGGACUUGUCGAAAGCGUUUAA